UCCUGGCCCAGAUAUGGCUCGUGGACAGCAGAAGAUUCAGUCUCAGCAGAAAAAUGCCAAAAAGCAAGCUGGACAAAAGAAGAAACAAGGACAUGACCAAAAGCCUGCUGCCAAAGCUGCCUUAAUAUAUACCUGCACUAUCUGUAAGACACAAAUGCCAGACCCUAAGACCUUCAAGCAGCACUUUGAGAGCAAGCAUCCUAAGACUCCACUUCCUCCAGAAUUAGUUGAUAUUCAGGCAUAAAGUUGUUUACAGGGGAAUUUGUGACACCUUUGACUCUUCUCCUCACUCAGACCUUAGGUAACAAACCUGCAGCUGCUUUGCUAACAAACUGUUGAUCAGCAAAAAUAAAGGGGCUACAGAAACACUCAUUUUUAUGCUGUUCCCUUUUGGGCUUCAUGCAAAGACAAUUCUGUGUAAAUGUACAGUUGACUCUGAUUUGGAAAUCUGAAAAUUAG